CCGGGUAUUUGAACGGCGCUUCCGCCAUUUUCCCUGCGCCCGGCACGGAGCGAGUGAGCGGGAGAGCCUCGGCUGAGACCCAGCAUGGCCGCCCAAGGAGAGCCCCAAGUGCAGUUUAAGCUUGUUCUGGUUGGUGAUGGUGGCACUGGUAAAACAACAUUUGUAAAGCGUCACUUGACUGGUGAAUUUGAAAAGAAGUAUGUAGCAACGCUGGGUGUUGAAGUUCAUCCUCUGGUGUUCCAUACUAACAGAGGCCCUAUUAAAUUCAAUGUAUGGGACACAGCUGGCCAAGAGAAGUUUGGUGGCCUGCGUGAUGGCUACUACAUCCAAGCUCAGUGUGCCAUCAUCAUGUUUGAUGUAACAUCAAGAGUUACUUACAAGAAUGUACCUAAUUGGCAUAGAGAUCUGGUACGAGUAUGUGAAAACAUCCCUAUAGUGUUGUGUGGCAACAAAGUGGAUAUUAAGGACAGAAAAGUCAAGGCAAAAUCCAUUGUGUUCCAUAGGAAGAAGAAUCUGCAGUAUUACGACAUUUCAGCUAAGAGUAACUACAACUUUGAGAAGCCUUUCCUGUGGCUUGCUAGGAAGCUAAUUGGAGAUCCCAACUUGGAGUUUGUUGCCAUGCCUGCGCUUGCACCUCCUGAAGUUGUUAUGGACCCAGCACUGGCAGCACAGUAUGAGCAAGACUUACAGAUUGCUCAGACCACUGCACUGCCAGAUGAAGAUGAUGACCUGUGAGGGAUGAAGCUGGAGCCCAGCGUCAGAAGUCUAGUUUUAUAGGCAACUGUCCUGUGAUGUCAGUGGUGCAGCGUGUUUGCCACUUUAUUAUCUAGCUGAGCAACAUGUGCUUAAUUUUUGGGAUGCUGAAAGAGAUGAAUGGGCUUCGGAGUGAAUGUGGCAGUUUAAAAAAAAACCCAAAACAAAAUGAAAAAAAAAAAAACCACAAAAAAACCUUCAUAUUUUGGACCUGCAUAUUUAGCUGUUUUUUGGACUGCAAUUACUUCCCCCUUUUGAGUUUCAAAGAUAAGACUGCUGCAGUCACAUCAAGUGUUAAGUGGAAAAUCUUGUUUCUGUCAUUCCCAUUCUUUUGUUUAGGUAAUAAAGUUGUAUUUCAAUUAUCUCCAAGCAAGUGAACUUUCUUGCAUUGUUAGGAAAAUUAUUCAGAGUGUCUUCUGUUCUUCAUUUGAGGGUAGUACUUGAUUGUCUGCUACUGUAUUUCUCAUUCUGUUUUCCUUCCUGCUUCUCAUGCUAUGCUCCUCUUGCUAAUUCAGAGCUAACAGUUCUCCUUUCCUUUUUGUUGGCACUGGAGCUGAGCUGCAGGCAGAGCCCAGCAGUGAGCACAGCCUGCAGCUCUGCUUGCACAUGCUGCAGUUGGACACAGCCUCAGCUCCCCCUGUCCCACAGGUACCUGCAGCUCUGUGCUUUUAGCAGCCAGAGGCUGGUGGCACCCAGGCCUGUUGUGAGCAUCUUCAAAUUCACUGACCAGAGAACAACCAUGCUUUGAGAUGAAAUGCUCUUGCCUUCUCGAUGAUAUAUAAACUGAAGCCCCAGUGAUUUGAACGUCUAGACUUUACUGUAACUGCACCAAGUUCUUAAUUUGAAACUGGCUUAUUACAGCACAAAUGGUGGAAAAUGUCAACUUUUAACACUACCUUGUAGAGAUGAAUCUUGGUCAAUAUUAGUACUGCUAGUAAGCAAAACUUAAGUUUAGGAUUUUUUUUUUCAGUAGUGUUGGAGUACAUGAAGUCUUGAACUCUUCAGUUUUUGUAUUUUUGGUUUCUUAAUAAAGUGGAGCAUUUCAUUUAUUCC